GUCUCGUCCUGGUCUCGCUGUGGAGCCUCGUGUCCGGCGCGGCCGUGAGGGCUGCGAGAGUGCAUGGAGGGUGGAGCGAGGUCGAGGGGAGCCGGUGCGGCCGGGGGCUGCUCCAGGCCGGGGCGCGGUGAAAGGCGGGCCGCCGGCGGAGAGAGCGCAGCCGGACUCCCAGACCCUGGGGCCCCGCUGCCAGCCGCCCGGGUUCGACGCUGGAGGGGCGCGGCGCUGGCCAGUUAGCCGAGCCUCCGAGGCUCUCCCUGAGGGGGCCGAGCUCGGCCCCUCACCGGCUCCUCUGCGCUCCGAAGGACGGCAUUUGUGAAGCGUUGAGCCUAGGGUCUGUGGUUAACGGUUAAGCAGCUGUUGUUUUCACUUGGUAUCUCAUUGCAUUUUCACGGUCAUCUGUGUUGGCAGUUAGGAAAACAGCCUUGGAGAGGUGAAUGAUUUACCCAAGUUCACCUAGCCAGCAGGCAAGGGAGUUGGAUUGAAGGUCACGUGUGUUGUCCAAAUCUCCUGUUGCUGCUAAUAGGACCUUCUCCCCGAAGCCAGCGUAGGGCCCUUCACAGCCCCUAAGUGGCACAGGUGCCUUCCUGGCGACUCUCAGGAGCGCUGUGUUCAGAUCUAUAACCGAGAGUAUGGGCUCCUCCUAACUUCCCAGCCUGUGUGCCCGGUAGCCCUGCGUUGAGCCUAUAGAAGGUCUAGACUGGGGAGCGACCUUCCAGAGAGUCAAAGGGCCCUGUAUGAAGAUUCCAACUAAAUGAUUUUGUCCUCUAGGCCUGAGUUCCAUUUCCCUUGGAACAAAGCAGUCCGUGGAAGAUAAGGGAAGGAACUGCAUGAACCACAGACCCACCUGGAAAAAAACAACCCUGAGACCUGUCACCAGCGCUUCAGAGCAGAAGUGGACGAGACCCCCAAAGGAAAAGAUUCUAGAUUUCUGAGGCCAGGAGCAGUCUUUGAUCCCCUUGCCCUAAAUAAGCAUGUCUUCAGAUGUCACAUCUGAAACCAUCACAGCUUUGUGAUGGUGGAAGGUCAGGACCAGAUUUCAGCAGAGAGGUGUGCUGCCCUGAGCGAGUUUCUGUGAAUUGUUCAACUUCAGCAGUAUUUCCAGUAUUACAUUUGUAGGAAAACAGAUAAACAAUGCACUGUCAGUGUUUCCAGCCACAUCAGUUUAAAGAAAACACCGUUUCUAUAUAAGUAUCCUGUAAUGUAUAAAUUGGUUGUAUUUUAAGUUUCUUUGUGCUUCAGUGAGAAAGAGACAUAAAUUAUUAAUAAAAUCAGUGGCAUGCAUAUCUUUACUUUCAUCCAGUGAAAAAUUGCUUGUCUAGGCUCAACAUGAUCUGGUCAUUGAUAUGUUUCCAUAUUGUUCGAACUCCCCCUCUGUCGAGCAUUUUAGGAAGGUGAAUCCAGGAGCUGCAAGGCAGGCCACAUUCUUCUGACUUCAUUCUUACUUCCUUCUUCCCCAGCUCUACCUUUGCACUUCUCCAUACUUUUCCAAAACCAGCAGAAAAUGAACAGAUCCCAGGGGUCUGUGUCAUUCAAGGAUAUGACUGUGGGUUUCACCCAGGAGGAGUGGCAGCACCUGGACCCUGCUCAGAGGACCUUGUACAGGGAUGUGAUGCUGGAGAACUAAAGCACCUUGUCUCAGUGGAAUAUUGCAUUGCCAAGCCAGAAGUGGUCUUCAAGUUGGAGCAAGGAGAGGAGCCAUGGAUAUUAGAAGAAGAAUCCUCAAGCCAAAGCCACCCUUUUCUUUGUUGAACUUCUGACUGAGUUCAUCCAUUCUUCUCCCAAGAUCAGUGAGCAUCCUUAUGACUCUGUGUUUGAACUCUUUGUCAGGGCUUAUUGGCCCCCACCUGGGCCAUAGACAAAAUGACCUUCCUGGGUGGACCUUGACCGUGGAGAGAUUGACUGGCCCUCCCUGUUGGAAGAGGCAGCUGCCUACAAGUGGAUCACCAGACUCCAGAACCUUUCCCUGUAACCACUCAGCAGGUCUGCAUGAAUUCUGGGAGGUUGAUGACCUGAUGGAGAAGAGCCUGGAAAACCAAGACCAGCAUUUGUGGAAAGUUGAUUUUGUCAACAAUAAAACACUGACUAAGGAGAGAAAUGGUGUAUUAGGAAAAAUAUUUAAUGUGGACACAAACCCUGUUCCAGUGAGAAAAGUACCUGAUAAAUAUGAAUCACAUGUAAUGAAUUUGAAUUAUAUUUCAGAAUUAAUUAUUAGUAAUAGAAACUCCUUUGUAAGGAAGCUUGAUAAAUUUAAUGCAUAUAGGAAAUUGCUUCUCUGUACAAAGUAUGAGAAUUCUCAUGCCAGAGAUAAACCUUUUAAAUAUGAUAGAAAUGGGAAAGCCAUCAGUCAAAGUGAAGACCUAUUUCAACAUCAGGAUAUUCAAACUCAGAAGCAAUAUUUUGAAUAUAAUGAAUGUGGGAAAGCCUUCUGUGAGGAGGAAGCCUUCAUUACCCAUAAGAGAGCAUGCUCAUGGGAGAAGCCCUGUGGAUAUAAUGAACAUAUGAAAACCUUUUCUGAUGAUUCAAACCUUCUUGUCCUUCAGAGAACUCUCACAAGGGAGAACCACUGUGACUUUAAUAACUGUGGGAGGAGGUCUGUUGGUGAGAGGUCAACUCUAAGUAAACACCAUAGAGUUGUCAUGGGGAAGAAAUACUAUGAGUGUGGGAAUAAUUUUGGCAACAAGUCACUCUCCACUAACAUUGAGAGAACUCACAAUGGAGAAACAACCUUUGAAUGUAAUGAGGGAGGGGGAAUAUUCAAGAAACCAAAUCUCUCUCAACAUGAGCAAACAUACACAGAAAAGAAAACUUUUGAAAAUAGUAUGGGAGAUCCUUUUGGCAUAUGUCAGUUCUUCCUAAACAUCAGCAAACAUGCAUAGGAGAAAAACUCUAUGAAUGUAGUGAGUGUGGAAAAACGCUCAGCCACAAGUCAUGUCUCAUAAUGCAUAAUAGGAUACACAGAGGGGAGAAACUUUAUGAAUGUACUGAUUGUGGGAAAACUUUCACAAAUAGGUCAGGCCUCACAGUUCAUCAGAGGUUACACACAGGGCAGAAACCCUAUGAAUGCAUUGACUGUAGAAAAGCCUUUAGAUAUAGGUCAGGCCUCACAGUACAUCAGAGAACACACACAGGGGGGAAACCCUAUGAAUGUAAUGAAUGUGGAAAAAAAUUCUGUGAGAAGUCAAGUCUUCGUGUACAUCAGAGAACACACACAGGGGAGAAACCCUAUGAGUGUAAUGAAUGUGGAAAAACUUUUCUCUACAAUUCAUUCCUGGUGGUACAUCAAAGGAUACACACAGGUGUAAGACCCUAGAAAUGUAAUGAAUGUGGGAAAACCUUCUCCCAAAAGCCAGAUUUUGUUAAUCAUCGGAGAACUCAUACUGGGGAGAAACCCUAUGAAUGUAAUGAAUGUGGGAAAUACUUCUCUGUAAAGUCAAAACUUAGUGUUCAUCAGAGAGCUCACACAGGGGAAAAACCAAAUGAAUGUAGUGAAUGUGGAAAAACCUUCUUCCAGAAGUCAUCUCUCAUAGUACAUCAGAGAAUACACCCAGGGGAGAAACCUUAUAAAUGUAAUGAAUGUGGAAAAACUUUUUCCCAGAAGUCAUCCCUGACAGUACAUCAGAAAACACACAAAGAGGAGAAACCAUUUGAGUGUAUUCAGUGUAGGAAAACAUUUUAUCAGAAAUGUUUAACUCUCAGUAAACAUCAGAGAACUCACACAGGAGAGAAACUUCAUAAAUGUAACGAAUGUGGUAAGACUUUUUAUCACAAGUCAUCCCUCACAGUACACCAGAGAACUCACACAGGGGAGAAACCCUACAAAUGUAAUAAAUGUGGGAAAACCUUCUACCAGAGGUCAUCUCUCACAGCACAUCAGAAAACACACACAAAGCAGAAAUCCUGUGAAUCUACAGAUGUGGGAAAGCCUUUUACCAGAAUUCAGAGUUCACUAAUCAAAGAACUUACACAGAGAAGAAAUUCUUGUCAGUAUCCUGAAAGUCCAGAAGCCUUUUCUUACUUGACUUACUCAGUAUACAUCAGAAGUAGUGAAGAGGAGAAACUUAAUAAAUAUGGAAAAUCUUUUACCCAGAAAUAAAGUGACAUCUCAUUGAGCAGCAGAUGUUUGAUAAUUUGGAACAUCUUAUGAAUAUUUUGAAUAAGUUGUAGCUUUCAAAAUCAUUCAUUCUUGAUCAUAUAUCAGAGGUUUCUUUGACUGGAAAUAUACCAAUUUGGAAAUUGAGAAUAAAAAACUUCCUGUAGCAAUAUUAUAUGAAAACUCUUGUUUCUGAUGUGAUACUAAAAUUGCUAUUGAAAAUAUUCAGUUAUAGACCUGUUCACUGUGCAGUAGGAAUCUAACUUUGAAAAAGCACAAUUAAUUUGAAUAAUCAUAAGUACUACAUUAAACACAAAUGUGAAGAGUUACUGAAUUAUGCUUUAUAAGAGAAAUAUUGCAUGUGUUGGUUUGCUUACUGGAACCUAUCAUAAUCCUAGGUAAAAUAUACUCUUAGCUUAGUAAUUAUUAUAAUGUGUUUAAAGUUUUCUAUACUUAAUAUUUUUCUUUUUCAGCCAUAAGAACAAAAUAUACAUUUUAAAUAAAAUAUCUGUGGAAUGUAAACUGAUGUACUCAUAUCUUUCUUGCUCUGCUUUUAGCAUAUAUAAAUAAGUAUGGGCAUUGUUAUUAAACUAACU